UUUCUGGGCUGAGUCGAGAUGAAUAAGCGUAAAGCAUCGGGCCCCGUUUGUUUCGUAGAAACCCUAAGUUAGGCCGGCGGCGGAGACUGCGGCGGCGGCGGCGAGAAUACCAGACGGCACGCCUGGUUAGCAAUCUCAACCAAGAAGAGAAAGAGAAGAGAGAUCGGCGGCGGGCGGCGGCGAGGUGAGGACGCCUCGUGAGAUGGAUGGGAGGCCGGACGUCCCUUCCGAAGAGCGGAGGGUCGCGGGGAAGAAGGAGGACAUGGCCGACCAGGAGAGCGUGGACCUGCCCAACUCCGAUACCCAGAGUAUGAGCUCCCAAGUCAGUUGCGUCUCUGAGCAGAUGCCCGAGCGGUGCGGCCAGAAGGAAAUCAAGCCUGCCUCCGGAUUCAUAUCCAACUCCGAGCAUUUAUACCUGCCCCACGGCGGUGAGGAUGAGGGCGAGCGCCUAAACUGCUUACUCAGUCAUAUAUUGCACCGGACGGAUGCCUUGUGCGACGAGAUGGCAUCCAUGGCAUCUAUUCUGGCCAAAAUCAGUAUCCCCGUCACCUCCCAUCACAAGGUCUUCGAUCAGUUAGACGCGGCGCAGAGAUUAUUCAAGAUGUCCCUGAAUAUAUUGCAUUAUACCGAGAAUGCGGCUGGUAAAAAGAUGGCUGACCAAAAUGUUGAUGACCAGAGGACCAAGGAUGACAAAGGCAAAUCCGGCAUCCACUGUUUUGAGAACCAGGGAACCAAGCAACAUGUGGAUGCAUCGGUAACAGAUCUGACAAUGGGCCUUUGUAGAUCAAACAUGGAAACGCCGCAGAUGGCUGCCUACUGUCCUGAUGGCCAGAUGACUGAUGAGGAGGAUGAACAUUUCGUGGCAGCGGAUCCUACAAGUGGCCUUUGCGACCAGGCGGCUGUCCACUCUUACGACAACCAGAGUACCAUGGAGUACAUGGAGAUGAUUGAUCCCAUGACAGGUGAAGGCCAAUCAAGCACGGAGACGCAUGCGUCGAGGAUGAUGGACGAGGGCAAUUCAAGCAACGAAGGCAAAGGCCAAUCAAGCACGGAGACGCACGCAUCUAGGAUGAUGGACGAGAGCAAUUCGAGCAACGAAGGCAAAGGCCAAUCAAACACGGAGGAGCAUGCAUCGAGGAUUAUGGACGAGAGCAAUUCAAGCAACGAAGGCAAAUCAAGCAACGAAAGCAAAUCAAGCACACAGGCAGUGGUGAUGGUGCUGGAUUCCGAUGAGGAGCAUGAAGUGGGGGGGUGGUAUGACCAUGGAGAUGCACAAAUAUUCGAAGAUGCUUGAAUGUGAGGAGGAGGAGGAGGAGGGGAAGAUGACUGCUGAGGAUUUAGCGAUGGCUGCCCAAUUUAACAAGGAGCUAUUAGAGAUGGAAGCUGACUUUCUCAAAGUCCAGGAGCAGGAUGUUAAGGAUACGCCAAGCUGGAUCUCUGUCUCACAUGAGGACAAGGCAGAGGAGAUGGAGGUGGAGGACAGGUUGUUUGCUAGACGCCGUAAAGGCUGGGAAUCUGCAUGGGGAGACCGCAGUGAUUUCGAGGACAUGAGUAAGUAAACUUAAAACACCCAUUGAUUCCUUCUUAUCGUAUUCAUCUUCCAACAAUGGCGAUGCAAGCAGAUCCCCCCUCCCUUUCGUCCUUUCUUCCUUCAUUCAUUGCAUAUAAGUAAGUAAUUCAUGCUGGAACAUGCCUAACACUUGGAUUAAUUUGGUGCUGCAGCCUUAUUGAGUCCUAUGCAUUUUACACAUUGCACGCUGGGACUGAUACCCUACACUGCUACCACUGUGAGCGCCUUACAGAUCUACUCCAUCAAGAUUGUUGAAACAAAGGGAAUGUUGAAGUGGCCACUCUAUGUCUAUGGGGUCAUUGCUGCCCGAGAUGCCGUAGAUCACAACCGUAACAUUCUCUUCUCUCGGCAAAGGUUGGACUGCCAAGAGCUCACUCUAGAGGAUCCUUGUUUGCACCUGACUGGCCCGUCUCGUGCGAUUGUGGCUGUGGACCAUGUUGACUUUGAAAUCCAACUCAAAUUAAAGGGCGCAACAUGGUCUGGUGACAAAGCAUUGAUCAGUCGCUUCGAGACUUACCCUGGUGCUGGUGGUUAUCGUGAAGGUUUAGAUACCGCGCUCUUCAGCAACUCCUUUUGCACCGUAGAGUUAAGCUUUGAGCGACUUAUAGAAACCGUCCAGGCUACUAUCUUGAGUGUGUGUGUUGUUGAAGGGUGGCCAUCACCUUUUGAAUAUGGCGGACAGAUUAUGUGCUCCUCACCACCACAUGAAGUUAAGGACCCCCUAUCCAGGCAUGUUGUGUUGGUUGAUUCUCAUGAUUUUGAUGGAGAAAUGCCAAUGGGCUCAGCUGGUUACCUUGAUCUGUCAAGGCAAGUUGUUUCUGUAGAACUGGGACAUAACCUGCAAUUUGUCAUUCAAGCUUACUCACAGUCUGGUGCCAUUGCUAGGCAAAGCCGUCUCACGUUUAGGACCAAAUAUUGCAACAUAAGUCGAGGUAUAUGUGAGAUUGGUGACUCUAAAGUGGGGAUUACUGUUGCUUGGUCCCAGCUUAUCAAGAACAAGAUGGAAAUCCUCUAGGAAGGACAUGUUUGAUGGCUAUGGACUAUGAUUCAUUAGCUAAUAAAUAUGUCCAACUGUGGCUUGUGGAACUAUUGAUGUAUUUCUGUAUUCAUUAGCUGAUAUGUCCAACUAUUUGUGUAUCGACCUAAUGUUAUCUGA